UCAAAGGACGACGUCCCUCAGUAACCCCACUCGCAUCACACCACCGGGAUGCUGCUGUCAAAGAGGCUGGAACUCCAGAGUCUGAAGCAUUAUGCUGCUAAAUAGCCUAUUACCCAUCAUCGGAGCGGAGAUGUGCUUCAAAUAGAAGGGAAUUCAGUCGUUAUCAAAACGUCGGUUUACACACCUCAGAAUUGCUUGCAGACUCUUUUCGCACGUGGUUGCAGCCUGCCAGUGUGGCCUAAGUAUGGCAGAGCAGGACUCUACCGAGAAGAAGUCUCCAGCUGUGGCUGCGCUGCACUCUCACUUCAUCGUAGGCUCUGUGUCCGAGGAAAACUCUGAGGAUGAAACCGCAGGGAAGCUGGACCUGCAGAUGGAGGAGAAUCCACGCUCCCUUUCCCCCUCUUCUGUCAGUUCAGACAGCACUUAUGAGAUGGGCUUUGACAGCCUGGACGGACCCUUGCACAAUUUGAGGCCUAGCAUGUCAGGACUUCACCUCGUGAAGCAGGGAAGGGACCGCAGACGCAUCGACCUGCAGAGGGACUUUACUGUUGCUUCCCCCGCGGAGUUUGUCACCCGCUUUGGUGGCAACAAAGUCAUUGAGAAGGUGCUCAUUGCCAACAAUGGCAUUGCUGCAGUCAAGUGCAUGCGUUCCAUCCGUCGCUGGGCUUAUGAAAUGUUUCGGAAUGAACGGGCCAUACGUUUUGUCGUCAUGGUUACCCCGGAGGACCUCAAGGCCAAUGCAGAGUACAUCAAGAUGGCAGAUCACUAUGUACCUGUCCCAGGAGGGACAAACAACAACAACUAUGCUAAUGUGGAACUCAUUUUGGACAUAGCAAAACGAAUUCCCGUUCAGGCCGUAUGGGCCGGUUGGGGUCAUGCUUCUGAGAACCCCAAACUCCCUGAAUUGCUGCACAAGAAUGGCAUUGCCUUCAUGGGUCCACCUAGUCAGGCUAUGUGGGCUCUUGGGGAUAAGAUCGCCUCUUCUAUUGUGGCCCAGACAGCUGGCAUCCCUACUCUACCCUGGAGUGGAACAGGGCUGACAGUAGAAUGGACAGAGAAUGACCAGAAGAAAGGAAUUAUUAAUGUCCCUACUGAGCUGUAUGAGCAGGGCUGUGUUCAUGACGUGGAGGCUGGACUGAAGGCGGCAGAACAAAUAGGCUUCCCUGUGAUGGUGAAGGCAUCUGAAGGCGGAGGAGGAAAAGGUAUCCGGAAAGUCAACUGUGCAGAAGACUUCCCCAACCUCUUUAGACAGGUUCAAACUGAGGUUCCAGGUUCCCCCAUCUUUGUCAUGCAAUUGGCCAAACACGCUCGCCACCUGGAGGUGCAGAUCCUAGCUGAUCAGUACGGUAACGCCAUCUCUCUGUUCGGCCGUGACUGCUCUGUCCAACGUAGGCAUCAGAAGAUCAUUGAAGAAGCUCCGGCUACUAUUGCCACAUCUGAUGUGUUUGAGGAUAUGGAGAAGUGUGCAGUGAGGUUGGCGAAGAUGGUGGGCUAUGUGAGUGCAGGUACGGUGGAGUAUCUCUACAGUCAAGACGGCAGCUUUUACUUCCUAGAGCUCAAUCCUCGUCUUCAAGUGGAACAUCCUUGUACUGAGAUGGUGGCUGAUGUUAAUCUGCCUACGGCCCAACUGCAGAUCGCUAUGGGCAUCCCACUUCACCGCAUUAAAGACAUCAGGGUGAUGUACGGGAUGCAGCCAUGGGGAGACUCCCCUAUUGACUUUGAUGGACUCUCCACCUCCCCCUCUCCACGAGGACAUGUCAUUGCAGCUCGAAUUACUAGCGAGAACCCAGAUGAGGGGUUCAAACCCAGCUCAGGAACUGUCCAGGAAUUAAAUUUCCGCAGUAACAAGAAUGUGUGGGGCUACUUCAGCGUGGCGGCUGCUGGAGGUCUGCAUGAGUUUGCAGACUCUCAGUUUGGCCAUUGCUUCUCCUGGGGAGAGAACCGCGAGGAGGCCAUCUCAAACAUGGUGGUGGCCCUCAAAGAGCUGUCUAUCAGAGGAGACUUCAGGACAACAGUGGAGUAUCUCAUAAAGCUGCUUGAAACAGAAAGUUUCCAGCACAACAGCAUCGACACGGGUUGGCUGGACAGACUCAUCUCUGAGAAGAUGCAGGCCGAGCGUCCUGACACUAUGCUGGGAGUACUGAGUGGAGCUCUGCAUGUGGCUGAUGUCAACCUCAGGAACAGUGUGUCCAACUUCCUGCACUCACUGGAGAGAGGGCAGGUUUUACCUGCACACACCCUGCUGAACACAGCGGAUGUUGAGCUGAUCUAUGAGGGGACCAAAUAUGUUCUAAAGGUGACCAGACAGUCUCCUAACUCCUAUGUGGUCAUCAUGAAUAACUCUUUGGCAGAGGUGGAUGUUCACCGGUUGAGCGAUGGGGGUCUGCUGCUCUCGUAUGACGGCAGCAGCUACACCACCUAUAUGAAGGAGGAGGUGGACAGGUAUCGCAUCAUUAUUGGUAACAAGACGUGUGUGUUUGAAAAAGAGAAUGAUCCUUCACUCCUGCGCUCGCCAUCUGCUGGCAAACUCAUCCAGUAUACGGUGGAGGAUGGGGGACACUUGUUUGCUGGACAUUGUUAUGCAGAAAUAGAGGUGAUGAAGAUGGUGAUGACCCUGACCGCCUCUGAGUCUGGCUGUAUUCACUAUGUGAAGAGAGCAGGUGCAGUGCUUGAGCCGGGCUGUGUCAUCGGCAAACUGCAGCUGGACGACCCUAGCAGAGUACAGCAGGCCGAGCUGUUUACAGGAACAUUACCCAGUGUUCAGUCCGUGGCUCUCAGGGGAGAGAAGCUUCACCGAGUCUUCCACAGCACCCUGGAUCACCUAGUGCACAUUAUGAACGGCUACUGUCUGCCAGAGCCCUUCUUCAGUGCCAAGCUGAAAGAAUGGGUGGAGCGUCUGAUGAAGACUCUGAGGGACCCCUCUCUGCCCCUGCUGGAGCUUCAAGACAUCAUGACGAGCGUUUCAGGCCGGAUCCCUCCUGCUGUAGAGAAGGCUAUCAAGAAAGAAAUGGCUCAGUAUGCUAGCAACAUCACAUCUGUCCUCUGCCAGUUUCCCAGCCAGCAGAUUGCCAAUAUACUGGACAGUCAUGCUGCCACGCUGAACAGGAAGUCAGAGAGAGAAGUCUUCUUCAUGAACACACAGAGCAUUGUACAGCUGGUUCAGAAGUACCGCAGUGGCAUCAGAGGGCAUAUGAAGGCAGUGGUGAUGGACCUCCUCAGGCAGUAUUUAAGAGUGGAAGUUCAGUUUCAGCAUGGUCACUAUGACAAGUGUGUAUUUGCUCUACGAGAGGAAAACAAAGGGGACAUGGCCAAUGUGCUCAACUACAUAUUCUCUCAUGCACAAGUCACAAAGAAGAACUCUCUGGUCACCAUGUUGAUCGAUCAGCUGUGUGGACGAGAUCCCACUCUGACAGAUGAGCUCAUGGCAAUACUCACAGAACUCACACAGCUCAGCAAGACCACUAAUGCCAAGGUGGCACUACGGGCACGGCAGGUUCUCAUCGCCUCUCACCUUCCGUCAUACGAGCUACGGCACAAUCAAGUGGAAUCCAUAUUCCUGUCUGCCAUCGACAUGUACGGACAUCAGUUCUGCAUUGAAAACCUGCAGAAACUGAUCCUGUCAGAGACAUCCAUCUUUGACGUGCUGCCAAAUUUCUUUUACCACAGUAAUCAGGUGGUACGGAUGGCUGCUCUAGAGGUGUAUGUUCGUAGAGCUUACAUCGCUUAUGAACUCAACAGUGUCCAGCACCGUCAGCUGAAGGACAACACCUGCAUCGUGGAGUUCCAGUUCAUGCUGCCCACAUCUCACCCCAACAGAGGGAACAUCCCCACUCUAAACAGGAAACUGUCUGCCCCACUACAGGACUACAAACCUCCAGAUAUCACAGCUAACGCUAGUGACUCUGCUCAGAAUGAGGACAGAAUGUCCUUUUCCUCUAACUUGAACCACUACGGCAUGGUACACAUGGCCAGUGUUAGUGAUGUGCUCUUGGACACCUCUUUCACCCCACCCUGUCAGCGCAUGGGCGCCAUGGUUUCCUUCCGCUCCUUCCAGGAGUUCACCAGGGACAUUAAGGAAGUGUUGAGCUGUUUCUCUGACUCACCCCCCUCUACUCCAACAUUUCCUGAGGGGGGCAACCCUGUGCUGUAUGGAGAGGAGGACAACAAGAGCAUUCAAGAUGAGCCAAUUCAUAUCCUUAAUGUGGCCAUAAAGACGGACAGCGACAUUGAUGACGAUGGACUGGCGGCCAUGUUCCGCGAGUUUACCCAGUCUAAGAAAUCUCUGCUGUUUGAGCACGGCAUCCGAAGACUUACCUUCCUGGUUGCUCAGAAGGAUUUCAGGAAGCAAGUCAACUGUGAGGUGGACCAGAGGUUCCAUAGAGAAUUCCCCAAAUUUUUCACUUUCCGGGCUCGAGACAAGUUUGUGGAAGACCGUAUCUACAGGCACUUGGAACCUGCCUUGGCUUUCCAGCUGGAGCUCAACCGCAUGCGUAACUUUGCACUGACGGCCAUCCCCUGUGCUAAUCAUAAGAUGCACCUGUACUUGGGAGCUGCCCGCGUGGAAGUGGGCACCGAGGUCACAGAUUACCGCUUCUUUGUGCGGGCCAUCAUCCGCCACUCGGACUUGGUCACCAAGGAAGCGUCGUUUGAGUACCUGCACAACGAGGCAGAACGUUUGCUCCUGGAGGCCAUGGAUGAGCUGGAAGUAGCCUUUAACAACACCACAGUGCGCACCGACUGCAAUCACAUCUUCCUCAAUUUCGUCCCGACCGUCAUCAUGGACCCUUCUAAGAUUGAGGAAUCUGUGCGCUCCAUGGUCAUGCGCUAUGGCAGUCGUCUGUGGAAGCUCCGCGUGCUUCAAGCUGAGCUCAAGAUCAACAUCCGACUGACACCCACUGGCAAACAGAUCCCCAUCCGCCUCUUCCUGACCAAUGAGAGUGGCUACUACCUGGACAUCAGCCUGUACAAGGAGGUCACAGACUCCCAUACAGGACAGGUGGGGCACAAAGACCGACAGAUCAUGUUCCAGGCAUACGGAGAUAAGCAGGGUCCUCUUCAUGGCAUGCUCAUCAACACACCGUACGUCACUAAAGACCUCCUGCAGUCCAAACGCUUCCAGGCCCAGAGCCUCGGUACCACCUAUGUCUACGACUUUCCAGAGAUGUUCCGUCAGGCUCUAAGGAAGCUAUGGCAGUCCAUGGAUGCACACGCCAGCAUACCAAAGUGUCCUCUUCCAUCAGAAUUGCUCACCUUCACAGAGCUGGUUCUGGAUUCUCAGGGUCAGCUGGUGCAGAUGAACCGCCUACCUGGAGGAAAUGAGAUUGGCAUGGUAGCAUGGCGGAUGACUCUCCGAAGCCCUGAGUACCCGGCCGGCCGUGAGAUUAUUGUGAUCAGCAAUGACAUCACACAUAAGAUUGGCUCCUUCGGGCCGGAGGAGGAUGUGCUGUUCCAGCAGGCUUCAGAGAUGGCGCGGGAAAGCGGCAUUCCACGAAUCUAUAUCGCUGCCAACAGCGGAGCCCGGAUUGGCCUGGCUGAGGAGAUCAGACACAUGUUCCACGUGGCCUGGCAGGAUCCAGCAGACCCAUACAAGGGCUUUAAGUACCUAUACCUCACACCUCAGGACUAUAAGAAGGUGUCUGCUCUGAACUCAGUCCACUGUGAACAUGUGGAAGAUGAGGGUGAAUCCAGGUAUAAGAUCACUGAUAUCAUUGGUAAAGAGGAGGGCUUGGGUGUGGAGAACUUGAGAGGUUCUGGCAUGAUCGCAGGUGAAUCUUCGCUGGCAUAUGAGGAUAUCAUCACCAUGAACCUAGUGACUUGCAGGGCCAUUGGAAUUGGAGCAUAUCUGGUGAGACUGGGCCAAAGAACCAUACAGGUGGAGAACUCUCACAUCAUCCUGACUGGAGCUGGAGCUCUCAAUAAGGUUCUGGGUCGUGAGGUGUACACCUCCAAUAACCAGCUGGGUGGAGUACAGAUCAUGCACAAUAAUGGAGUCACACACACCACUGUGUGCGAUGAUUUUGAGGGAGUGUUUACACUACUGAUCUGGCUGUCUUACAUGCCAAAGAAUAGGUCAAGUCCUGUGCCGAUGCUCAGUGCUAAAGAUCCUAUCGAUCGGCCAGUGGAGUUUGUUCCUACGAAGGCACCUUAUGACCCACGCUGGAUGUUAGCAGGACGUCCCAGUCAGAUAACUAAGGGUGCGUGGGUGAGUGGGUUCUUUGACCACGGCUCUUUUCUGGAGAUCAUGCAGCCAUGGGCACAGAGUGUAAUCGUAGGGCGGGCCAGGUUGGGCGGGAUCCCAACUGGAGUCGUUGCAGUGGAAACCCGGUCGGUGGAGCUCUCAAUCCCAGCAGACCCAGCGAAUUUGGACUCAGAAGCCAAGAUCAUCCAACAAGCAGGGCAAGUGUGGUUCCCCGACUCUGCUUUUAAGACUGCACAGGCCAUUAAAGACUUCAACCGAGAGGGGCUUCCACUCAUGGUGUUUGCCAACUGGAGGGGCUUCUCUGGAGGGAUGAAAGACAUGUAUGACCAGGUGCUGAAGUUUGGAGCAUAUAUAGUGGACGGGCUGAGAGAAUACAGGCAGCCAGUGUUGGUGUACAUCCCUCCACAGGCAGAGCUCAGGGGAGGAUCAUGGGUCGUCAUAGACCCCACCAUCAACCUUCGCCACAUGGAGAUGUAUGCAGAUAAGGACAGCCGUGGUGGUGUGUUGGAGCCUGAAGGAACGGUGGAGAUCAAGUUCCGUAAAAAAGACCUGGUGAAGACCAUGAGGCGGGUGGACCCUGUAUACAUGGGGCUUGCAGAAAGAUUGGGUAAGUUGUUUACAGUGCUCAUUCUCUACACUGAAAUCCUGUCUUGUUUUAGAAAGUGGGAAUUUAAGCUCCUUAAGGCAGAGAAGAAAGAUACAGAGGUGGACAAUGAAGCAGCAAAUAAUGACAGACACAUGCAAGAAUAA